CGCCUACCUCGCGUACACUGGCGUACACACGGCGUCAUGGCGUCAAUAAAAGAAACUUGCUAUUGUUUGACUACAAAUUGAUAAUAAAAGGACUCUAGUGGGCCUUUGGUCAGACUGGGUCUGGGUCUGGGUCGGUCUGGGUCAGCUUGUCACCUAACCUGAGUGUCACCCUGUCACAUCAGCUGUCAGCCCUGUCGCUGUCGGUAGGAAAUGUAGGAAUGGGGAAUGGGAGGUGGGAGUGGGGAAUCAUAUUGAUUUUUUGCGAUGAUCGCUGCUGCUACGGGCGGUGGCGGUGGUGCGCGGGCCGUGGUCCUCGUGGUAGCCGUCAGUAGCCGUGACCGUGAUAGUUACGCGACAAGUGAUGCUUUCCUCUCGAUCCGCUGGCGACCGUCGUUAAUCAGUUAAUAUAUCGGAAUGCAGCCAUAGUAGACGGCGUGUCUGACGCUGUGAGCUGUGACGCUGUGUGGUGUGACGACCUGACGACUGUGACGAGGGUGUCUCGGUUCGGUAUCGUGUCAUAUGUCGUGUGUCCUGUCCUAAUCGUGACGUGCCGCAACGUAGGUGUUAACGUAACGUGGCGUGGCGUGGCGUGGCACGACCGAGACGAUGCUGUCGGCGCUUCGGCAGUUUCGGCACCGCGGCCGCAACAUUUCCAUGGAAACGUAGACGCGGCUGGGCUGGGCUGGGCUGGGCUGGUGCGUGGGGAAGCGAGCAUCUCCGUCGCCGCCGCCGCCACGUCCAUCCAUCAGUGACCAUCAGUUUCCCAUUGCCGUUGUCGCGUCGCCCGCUCAUCCGCUUGCCUGGCUCGACUAUGCGCGCGGUUAGGUUAGGUUAACUUCAACGUGGGACGCUCGACGACGAAGGGAUCACCCGCACCCGCGACUGGAUUAGGAGCUGCAUUGGGAGGCACGGAGAACCGGGAGAACUCGAGUUUGGGAGAGGAGAGCGUGACGUUUCUUCAGAAGGCCAAGAGCCUAGAGCCCAGAGCCCACAGCGAUCUUAGCGCUCGCAUGCCAAUGCCAUUAGAUUUUGUACAAUGAGCAGCUGGACGGAGAGAAUGCAUCGACGCGCCGCUACGUUUGGAAAUGUUGUAACCAGCUGUGGACAUCCCUCUUCAGAGCCUCUUCACCCAAGACGCCUGGAAAAGGUCAAGUUUGGUGCACCCUUGAACGAAGUGUGCAAGAAUGAUAUUCCUGGCCCAUUACUGGUUCUUAUAUUGAAAUUGAACAAGGAAGCCCCGCUCAGAAAAGAUAUCUUUCGGGCACCUGGUCACCAGGGUAACAUGAAGAAACUGGUACACUUUCUGCAAACUGGACAUCUGGUCAAUAUGGACAAUUUUAGCGUUUACACGAUAGCCAGCGUUCUAAAGAAGUUUUUGCGCAAGAUACCUGGAGGAAUAUUCGGUAAAGAGGCGGAGCAACAACUGUUUGCCAUAAUCCAGCUAGAUAGCGUAGAACAACAACGGGACCAGAUACACAGAUUAAUUACUUCCAUGCCGAUAUACACACAACGGUUACUGGUAUUGCUGUUCGGAACGUUCAGGGUAGUAGCUGUAAAUUGCGAGAGAGCGCACACGGGGAUGACCAGCGAGGCCCUGGGGGUGUCCGUAGCACCUUCGUUCUUUCACAGCUGCGUCAGCGACGGCAAGACUGCUAAGAUGGAGGAUGUUCUAAGAUUUAAGAUUGCCACACGCAUCGCCAAGUUCAUGAUAGACAACUUUGGCGUUUCCAAUUUAUUCGGAAGGGAUAAUUAUGAGUAUUACGCGCGCAUAACCGGUCGGAUAUUAAAGGUGGAGGAAGAUUGGAUCUUUAGUUUCCGAUAUCCGCCGGACACUCUCGUGUCGAGACAGCUGUCGCUGGAAGCCGAAAAGUCAUGGUUACAAUAUGAGUGCGAAAAGUGGGGAUUGAAGUUUAAUUUAGAAUGUAUGUCUCACCAAGAGGAAUCGCAGUCAACUCCGGCGUUGAUCCACGUGCCGGAGACGAUAAAUCUGGCAUCAUCGUUAGGCAUGAUUCCAGAGAAUACUUUACUCGAGAGUUACACACGUCUCUCGGUUAGCUUAGAAGAGAACGGCCUGUUCCAGGCGCCCAGUCGUUCGUCGAGUAAUGGCAGUCAACAUUCUAAACGCGUGACGGCGGGCAUGACGCUGGAAGAGCUUCGCGCGGUGAAUCGCUACGCCGAGAGCACCAAGAGCCUCAGCUACCUGCCGCAGGUUCACGAGAGACAAGCCGCGCGGAUGCGAACUAGAUCUGAAUGGUUUCUCACGCCUAUAAUGGCCACGGACAGUGAUCCUACGGCGAUACACAUUCUACGUGGUUCCAAUCGGUCUUCCUCUGGCAAUAUCGCCACGGGUUUAAGCGCUAGCGCGGAAUCGGUGAAGCGGCCGAGUCUUCGGAGAACUUCCUCUAGGGAAAAGCAACGCUGGCAUCGCAAUUCUUCCCGUCGCAACAAGGAGAACGGCACUAAGGUAGCCGGCCGCUCGGCGACAGCGGCGGCAGCAGCGGCGGUGACGGAAGCGUCCAAGUCGCGUUCCCUGGAGACAAUCAAGACCGUGAAGAUCGUGCGCGUGAUGGCGGCGGAUCAGCAGCAGCAGCCGGCGACCGAGAAGAUGCUGGACAACAGCCACAAUGAGAUCUUCGAAGAGCACGCGAGCAAGGAGACGCGCGUGCCAUCGCGUACCAGCGGCGACGGUGUCAUUGGCCCGCAGGAUUGCACAGAGAUGGAUGUGAAAACAUUUCACGUUACUUUGACGUACAAGCCGCGGAUAUAAACGAUUUUUCUUUUAUUAUUAAUCUCGGCGUUUUUAGGAAUGUCAGAACGGUAUUAUUUUUCUUGCGUGAAAUACAUUUCGCGUUGUUGUUACCCUAAAUAUUAUACAUAGGCAGGAACUUGGACAAUUUUAUCCUAAUGUCGACGUUUAGGAAAUUAUCCCGUUCGCGAAUAUACACGUGCGAUCUUUUAUCUUUCUUUUUUUCUUUUUUAAUUAUUAUUUUAAUACUGACGCUCAGGAGUAUCGAACUCGGAAUAUCUUCCCUAUAUGAUAACACACAGACACAUGCACAUACGUAUACAUAUAAAGAUUUAUUUAUUUUCGCCAUAUUAUGUUCAGGUGUACAUUACUUGUUAUUUGAAAGGAUAAUAGUCGUGAAAUUUUAUCAUUUUUUCCGUGUAUCGGUCGAUUAAUUAAGUUACACUGGAGGAAAGAGGAGUUACAUGAGGAUGCACAGGCUCUUGAUUUUAUUCCGUUAAACGUACCAGUUUGAUUCCGAUUUACUCUCGCGCGUAAUAGACACAUUAUCGUGGCAUUCCAGACGCAUUUACUCUUGCCCCGCGAUAUUUUAAUUAACCGCAUUUUUCCCGCAUUUGCGUAUUCGAUAAUUUCGUUCAAUUGCACGUUUUUUUCACACGAAUCCACCGCUAUUGUAUUUAUUCCAAGCUAUAAGAAAUACUUGGGCACUCGAAACCUUAUCCCAUCGAGCAUCAUCGCGUGACUAACAGCGUAACGUAACACAGGGUGUUCCACGACGUGUCCGACUUAUGAAUUCUUCGUGCAAUCUAGAGUCAGUUUUCUCUUAACGAAAAUGCUAGGAUAUUCCUUGCGGAAUAAAAUAUGAGCCACGCGAGCCAAGCUUUAACAACGCAAUAGGACAAUAUAAGACCUUGUUCUCUUCGUUUAAAUUCAAAUGAAUCUUUAAUAUAAAAAUCAAUCAUUGAGAAGAAUUUAUAAAUAAAGUGUAUUGGACACGUCGUGUGGGAUACUGUGUGUAAAAAGGAGGAUUUGAUAAGAUCUAGCAAGUAUUUACGCGAAUUCCCUCGUGACGCGUCGGUCGCGGUUCUUAGCAUAUAAACGCGCCGUCACGGUUGUUACAUGCCAAAUUAAUAGUAUGUAUUAGCUAUACUAUUGUAGUAAGUAAGACAGCGAUUAUAGAAAUGUUAUGGUCGUAUUAUCACGUGUAUGUUACGAAAAUCGUUAAUAAGAUUACGGAAGUGAACAGAACGAGUCAACAGAAAUGGAACGAAGUAAUCUCUUUUGGAUUCGAAGAAAAUAUUGAAGAAAAGUAUGUAAAAUGUAUAAUUCAUUGUUAAAGGAAACAAGUGACAUUGACAGUUUAAUUAUAUACAUAUUUCUAAUAUAUUUCUACUCUUAUACUUUCUUAAUCAAUUAAUUACAUUUCUAUCACCGGCAAACGUUCGAAUUGACAUCAAAACGAAUUUAAUAUAAUAUCAAGAAACAUCUAGAACCACCACUUAUAUAAGUGGCAUUCUACACCCUUUUUUUAAAUCUCCGACUUCAAGGGAGAUACUUGAAGACUCCGCUUCUAUCGACUCGCCCUGUAUAUAGAAAUUAUACCAUAUACUUAAAACGCUACUUGAUAUUACUCUCAUUUAGAUCAAACGAUUACGAAACGAGAGAUAUUUACUACCGUAAGUACGUAAGAAAAAAAGAAAAGAACGGCAUAUAUACAUAACGACAUGCUACACAACGAAAGUGUUCCGUAAAUAAAAAUACAUGUAGCAUAAUCGACGGAGGUCGCGGGCGCGAAGCGAAUUUUCCAAAGGAUUCCGGUUGAUUAAACCGAUUCCAAGGAGAAUAGUAAUCACGUAAUAUUGCAGAGAAAUGAGAGCAAAAGUGACAGAGACGGAUUCGUUCAAAUCUUCUGUCUCUCGCGAUCAAAGAGCUAUUUUCAAGCCGUCUUAAGUCCACGUUUAUCAGUAAUUUUAUAUAUAUAUAUAUAUAUACAUAUAUAUAUUAAAAUUGUGCAUUAUGGAGGCACGUGGAGAAAGAGAGGGGGGAGGAGGAGGGGGAGAGAAAGAGACUAAAGCCAUGAAAAUCUUGCAAUGAGCAUUACAAUUUCUAUUAAGAAAAGAACAGAAGAACGAAAGAAGUAAAUGAAUUUAAGAUGGUUCGGAGAUGAGCUGUUUAAUUACUUCUCCGCGAAGGCCACUACGUAAAUUAAUAUAUUUAUGAUUAAACAUAUAUAGCGUGUAAAUAUUGAAUACCAAAAAUGUAAAGUUAUUAUAUA